CAGCUAGCCGCCUCCAGCAGGGGCUCCGGAGAGCAGUUCGGCGGCCUGGGCAGGGCAGCCGAAGCCAUGGAAGCCUCCGCAGGUUGCUGAUCUGGGCCAGGCAGCUGCAGCAGCGACUGCAGAGGCGCUGCGCCAAGCCGGGCCGGAGUGGUGAGAGCCGGCGGGGCUGCGGAGGGCGAGUGGACUCAGCCCCGGGGACACCGCUCAUCCCGCCCCUCACCCGGACCCACAGCCUCAUGGCCAUGUCCCUGCCAGGCAGUAGACGGGCCUCUGCUGGAUCCCGCAGGCGCACCUCUCCCCCCGUGAGCGUGCGGGAUGCCCACGGCACCUCUUCCCUCAGUAGCAGCAGUAACUCGGGCUCCUGCAAGGGAAGUGACAGCAGCCCCACGCCCAGGCGCGCCAUGAAGUACACGCUGUGCAGUGACAACCAUGGCAUCAAGCCCCCCACCCCGGAGCAGUACCUGACCCCCCUGCAGCAGAAGGAGGUGUGCAUCCGGCAUCUGAAGGCCCGGCUGAAGGACACGCAGGACCGGCUCCAGGACCGGGACACGGAGAUCGAUGACCUGAAGAUGCAGCUGUCGCGCAUGCAGGAGGACUGGAUCGAGGAGGAGUGCCACCGCGUGGAGGCCCAGCUGGCCCUGAAGGAGGCCCGCAAGGAGAUCAAGCAGCUCAAGCAGGUCAUCGACACCGUCAAGAACAGCCUGAUUGACAAGGACAAGGGGCUGCAGAAGUACUUCGUGGACAUCAACAUCCAGAACAAGAAGCUGGAGACGCUGCUGCACAGCAUGGAGGUGGCCCAGAACGGCUUCGCCAAGGAGGACGGCGCCGCUGAGUCGGCUGGCGGGUCCCCCGCCCGCUCCCUUACCCGCAGCUCCACCUACACAAAGCUGAGCGACCCCGCUGUCUGCGGCGACCGCCUGCCCGGUGACCACCCCGGCGUCUCUGUGGAGGACGGGGCUGACAGUGGCUUCGUGGCGACCGACGACACUCUGAGCCGGACGGAUGCACUGGAGGCCAGCAGCCUGCUGUCUUCGGGGGUGGACUGCGGCCCUGAGGAAGGCUCCUCGCUGCACGGCUCCUUCAGCCUGGGCCCCCGCUUCCCCGCCAGCAACACCUACGAGAAGCUGCUGUGCGGCACGGAGGCUGGCGUGCAGGCCAGCUGCAUGCAGGAGCGCGCCAUCCAGACGGACUUCGUGCAGUACCAGCCGGACCUGGACACCAUCCUGGAGAAAGUGACCAAGGCCCAGGUCUGCGGGACAGUCCCCAAGCCAGGGGACAGGUGCCUGGAGUCGGAUCCCCACCCCCUGGGGCCCAGAGACCCCAACUCUGCAGUGGUGGUGAUGGUGGGUGACGAGCUCGAGGCCCCGGAGCCCAUCACCCGGGGGCCCACCCCACACCACCCUAGUGCCAACCCAAACCCCAGCCUGUCGGUGAGCGUGGCGUGCCCCGUGGAAGAGGAGGAGGAGGCGGCCGCAGCCGAGAAGGAGCCCAAGAGCUACUGGAGCCGCCACUACAUCGUGGAUCUGCUGGCGGUGGUGGUGCCGGCCGUGCCCACGGUGGCCUGGCUCUGCCGCUCCCAGCGGCGCCAGGGCCAGCCCAUUUACAACAUCAGCUCCCUGCUGCGGGGCUGCUGCACCGUGGCCUUGCACUCCAUCCGCAGGAUCAGCUGCCGCUCGCUGAGCCAGCAGGGCCCAAGCGCCAGCACGGCAGGCGGCAGCUCCCAGCUCUGAGCGGGCCCCAUCCUGGCCCGGGCUCCGGCGGCCUGACUACCGAUUGUAGGGGUGCCGUCCUCCCUCUCGCACCUUCCCGUGGGGCAUCAUCUUAUUUAUUUAGUUUUGGGUUUGGAGGCGGUGUUUUCAGAAUGGUAACAGUGUCAGGGGCUGGGAGCGGGGGUUAGGGGAAGGUGUCCCAAAACUUCAACAGGAGAGAAGGGAAGAGAGACCAAGGGCAGGGAGGCACAGGGAUGGGACACACUGCAGAGAAAGAAGGUGGUGAGGCCCCCAACCUGGCCCCCCUGCCCACCUGGCCUCUCACACAGGGCAGCCCCUGCUCAGGAAGUCUCUGGUGUGCUGAUCGGGGGAGGCCGGGCUUGACUUGUCUGCCAAGCCUCCCCGUCCUCCACCCCCAUGUCCUGUCCAGUUCCCUGCUCACCCCAAGCCUUUUCUCCCAAGCCACCCCUUGCCCUCAGCCCGGGCUUCUGGGCCGGUAUUACCUCCUCAGAUGGAGGCAGCUGCGACCCAAAGUACAGGCACCUGACCGGGACUCCGAGCAGGUCUGGAACCGCUUGGCCUGGGCUGAGCUCCACCCCCUUCAGGCUGCUCCCCGCUUUGGGAUUCAGGAGCACAGUCAAGGCCAUGGGCUGGAGGAAAGAUGGUGAUGGGCAGAGGGCAGUGUGGGUUCUGUGUCUGUCUGUUCAUCCCAGAGCUUCCCCACAUCUGUUUUCCUCCUGGCGCUUCUGAGUGUGUCAGAUAAUUUUGUGAGAGCCGGACAGGCGAGUGCCAGGGUGUGAACGCUAGCCUGAGCCCAGCUCCUGUCUGGAGAGCUGCCAGCAGGAAAGGAGGAGGCGGGGGCUGGCAGCUUAAGGGGGCACCUCCAGCCUUCUGAGACAGGGCCCUGCAGCCUGGGAGGCAGGGCUGGACUCAGCAACGGCCAGCUGACUGCUCCAGGUUUGACUGCCCUGGAACUUGCCCUCGUUUUUCUGGGGACCUUAGGACCAACUUCUGCUUUGCACUGUGUUCACUUUGGGGCUUGGUUCUCACGCAUCCCAGGGUCUCCUGUGAGGUGGCUGCUUGCUUUCUAGGAUGAGGAUUCCUAAAUCUUACACCUUUCUGCCUCUGAGGGGAAUUCCAGCAGGAUGAAUGGCAAGAUGAGGUUUUGAAGCCAUGAUGUCCGUCCAGGCCUAAGCAGGGUGCCCUGGGAUGUUUCCCAGGUAGGGGAUGGAGUGGGGCUCCCAGCCCACGCCCAGUCAGCCUGGGAAGGUUCACUGGCCCCCCUCCUUCCCCGGAACCACAUCUAGGUCCCCCUGCAAAGCUGCUGACAUUUUAUUAGCAUUAUUAUUUUACAGAGUAAACCCAUUCCUCUUCCUCUGCAGGGCUUAUACCUAUCUCGUCAUCCUACCCACUCUUCAGAGUUAGGCACUACAUUGGGGGUGGGGCGGUGUUGGUGGGACCCUGUAUCUCACUCACCCCUCUGGCCUAGGGGCCACUCUGGUUCUGCCAAGGUUGCUUGCCCACCCCCGCUGCUCCGACAGCUGUUGCCUGAUUCGUGGGCUCUGCCCUUCCUCUCUGUGCCCCCUGCUUGAGGGGGGAUGCCUGCAUGCACUGGGGGUGGGCAGCCGGCCCAGCCAUCAGGGGGAGAGCCCCUCUGCCACGCGCUUUGUGCCUCCAAAGCUCCCCUUCCUCGCUCUGGGCCUCAGACCUGCCAUCCUUUGUGGAGCACCCCUCCACCCCAGUCGAACCAAACCCAAACUCUAGGGGCCGGGCUGGGCUGCCCCACAGGACCUGGGGGUCGUGACGUGGAGGGGCAGUGGACAAACCCAAUCCAAAGCCAAGCCAGGACUGGCUGCGGACCCCGCCUCCCGUGCCGCGUACUCACGGAGCUGCGUGGUGUCUCCUUAGAAAUAGUCAAAAGCUUUGCCGAGAAAAUAAAUGUAUGACUAUUAUAUUUGACAACAUAAAAUCUAUAUAUUUUUCACCACUGGAAUCUAGUCGAGCUGCGUAGCCCCUCUGCUCCGGUCUGCGUCUUGCUGUCUGUGGCCUUCCUACUGUGUCUUGUGUUUUGAUGGAUGUGGUCAGGGCCGGGGCUGUGGUCCGUUCUGUCCCUGAUGCUGGAGGAGCCCCUCGUGAAGAGCGUGGACCGAGGACUGUGGACAAGGUGAGCGGAGCUGGCGCCGCCCUCUGCUCCUGCUGUGGCUCGAGA